AUGAAGCUCGGCUGGGACGAGGACAUUCCUCUGGGUCAGAAGGCCAGGUGGCUAGUUUGGCUCAAGGAUCUUCCUAAGCUGGUCAAACUUCACGUGCAGCGAUGUUAUAAGCCAGCGGGCUUAGGCACUAUAAAAUCGGCCAAGAUUCAUCACUUUGCCGACGCGAGUGAGGUGGGUUACGGAUUGGUAUCUUACCUGCGCCUAACCAAUGGUGACGGCAGGGUUCAUUGUGCUUUCUUGAUGGGAAAGGCCCGAGUAUCUCUGCUGAAACGCGUUACGAUACCAAGACUCGAAUUGACGGCGGCUACCGUGUCCGCGAACAUGGACGCCAUGUUACAGAGAGAGCUCUGCGACGAGCUGGCAUUGGGCAAGAGUGUUCUGGAGUGA